CUCACUGAGGUGGAGUACCAGGAGCGGACCAGCUGCAGAGUCAGAGCGCUCUACGUGCCUUGCCAGUGUAGAUGGGUAUUGAGCUAGUGCGCCCGGGGCUCCCUUAAUGCACUGUAACUCGCACGUGUAGCCAAGCCCUUAGAUACUUGGUCUGUGAUACUGGAGUAUCUGAGCACCUCACAAUCUGUACUGUAUUUAUUCUCUCAACAGCCCUGUGAAGUAGGUUAUACUGUUGUCUUCAUUUUACAGAUGGAAAAUUGAGGCACAGAGAGGCUAAGUGACUUGCCCAAGGUCACAAAGGAAGUCUGUGGUGGAGCAGGAAAUUGAAUCCAGGUUUCCAAGUCUUAGGCUAGUGCCUUAAUCACUGGGCCAUCCUUCCUCUGAUCAAACCUGUCCCAUUUUUUUAAAGAAUGAACUUCAAAUGGGAAACUUCCACAGGCCAUGCAUAGUGUUGCCAGCCUCAAGUGUUCAAAGCUCAUGAGAUCUUCUAAAAUGAAUAAUUUCUUUGCUUUUCAAUUUCUAAGUCUGCAGGGUGCACUUACUUCAUAGUUUCAAGUUUCUUAGCUUUUUUUUCUUUCUUUCUUCCAAACAUGAGGGCUACAAACCAGGAUGGAUUGAUGUAAAUAAAGCGAGUAUUUACUCUAUUAGAAAAGGCUUUGCUUGGUUCCCCUGUGCAGUUCACCUGGCAGAAAACUUCAGGAAACUUCCUUGCUGUGACAGGAACUGAUCACACUGUAAAAAUCUUUGAUCGUCAUGGUCAGAAGAGAAAUGAAAUUAAUUUACCAAGCAACUGUGUUGCUAUGGACUGGGAUAAAGAUGGGGACACCUUAGCCAUAAUUGCUGACAAAUCUAGUACUGUUUAUCUGUGGGAUGCCAACACAAACAAAACAAGCCAGGUGGACAGUGGCAUGAGAGACCAGAUGUCUUUCUUGCUUUGGUCCAAAGUUGGAGCCUUGCUUGCUGUUGGAACAACCAAGGGAAACUUGCUUAUUUAUAACCGACAGACUUCUCGCAAGAUUCCUGUCCUUGGUAAACACACCAAGCGGAUCACUUGUGGUUGCUGGAGUACUGAAAACCUGCUGGCACUAGGUAGUGAAGACAAAAUGAUAACUAUUAGCAAUCAGGAAGGAGAUACUAUAAGACAGACUUCAGUGAGAUCGGAUCCCAGUGAUAUGCAGUUCUCAGUGAUGAAGACUGAUGAAAGAAUAUCAGCUAGGGAAAGCACAGUAAGCGUGGUGGUUGGCAGGAAAACAUUGUUUCUUUUUAAUUUGAAUGAUCCUGAUAACCCAAUUGAUCUGGAAUUCCAGCAGCGCUAUGGCAACAUUGUAACCUAUAGAUGGUACGGCGAUGGCUACAUCAUGAUUGGCUUCUCACGUGGGUGCUUUGUUGUUAUUUCUACACACAUUCGUGAGAUUGGUCAAGAGAUUUUUCAAGCUCGCAAUCAUAAAGAUAACCUAACCAGCAUUGCAAUAUCACAAUCACUAAACAAAGCUGCAUCAUGUGGAGACAACUGCAUUAAGAUUCAUGACCUGUCAGAACUGAAAGAAAUGUAUGCUAUAAUAAACCUGGAUGAUGAAAAUAAAGGUCUAGAUCACCUGGCUUGGACAGAUGAUGGACAGUUGUUGGCAGUGUCUACACAAAGAGGGUCACUUCACGUCUUCUUGACAAAGCUUCCAAUCCUUGGAGAUGCUUGCGGCACGCGGAUUGCUUACCUCACUUCUCUUCUUGAAGUUACUGUGGCCAAUCAUGUUGAAGGAGAGCUACCAGUCACAGUUUCUGUUGAAGUGGAGCCAAACUUUGUUGCUGUAGGUCUUUAUCAUUUGGCUGUAGGAAUGAAUAAUCGUGCUUGGUUUUAUGUACUUGGAGAGAAUAGUGUAAAAAAGCUUAAAGACAUGGAGUAUCUGGGGACAGUAACCAGUAUGUAUCUUAAUUCUGACUAUGCUGCCGCACUCUUUGAGGGUAAAGUCCAGUUGCAUAUGAUAGAAGGUGAAUGUUUGGAUGCUCUGGAAGAACGAGAGACUCGACUUUUCCCAGCGGUGGAUGAUAAAUGUCGAAUCUUGUGCCAUGCUCUUACUGGUGAUUUCCUCAUCUAUGGUACAGAUACAGGUGUUAUUCACUAUUUCUAUAUUGAAGACUGGCAAUAUGUGAAUGAAUAUCGGCAUCCUGUCAGUGUGAGAAAAAUCUUUCCAGACCCCAAUGGAACCAGAUUGGUUUUCAUUGAUGACAAAAGUGAUGGCUUUGUGUAUUACCCAGUAAAUGAUGGUGUUCAUGAGAUCCCAAAUUUUCCACCAACCAUUAAAGGCAUUCUGUGGGAAAACUGGCCAAUAGAUAAAGGUGUAUUUGCUGCUUACGAUGAUGAUAAAGUAUAUACUUAUGUCUUCCAUAAGGAUACCAUACAAGGGUCCAAGGUUAUUUUGGCAGGUGGCACCAAAGUUCCCUUUUCCCACAAACCAUUGCUUUUGUAUAACGGAGAAUUAACUUGUCAGACUCAAAGUGGGAAAACAAACAAUAUCUAUCUUAGUACUCAUAGUUUCCUUGGCAUUUUGAAAGACACCGGAUUUAAUGAGCUGAAACAAAUACUUACUCAGACUUUAAUGCUGAAAAGGUUUUCUGAAGCAUGGGAGGUUUGCAAACUUCUGAAUGAUCAAUCUGGUUGGAAUGAGCUGGCCAGAGCUUGCCUACAUCACAUGGAAUUGGAGUUUGCAGUACGCGUUUAUCGGACGAUUGGAAAUGUUGGGAUGGUGAUGUCACUAGAGCAAAUAAAGGGAAUAGAAGACCACAACCUUUUAGCUGGACAUCUUGCCAUGUUUACUAAUGACUUUAAUCUGGCUCAGGAUUUAUAUCUGGCAUCCACCUGUCCUGUUGCUGCGCUUGAGAUGAGAAGAGAUUUGCAGCAUUGGGACAGCGCACUACAGCUGGCUAAGCGUUUGGCCCCAGACCAGAUCCCGUUCAUAUCAAAGGAGUAUGCUAUGCAGCUUGAAUUCACGGGUGAUUAUGUGAAUGCUUUGGCGCACUAUGAGAAGGGAAUCACAAGGGACAAUAAGUAUAAGGAACAUGAUGAAGCUUGCCUAGCUGGAGUGGCUCAGAUGUCCAUUCGAAUGGGAGAUAUUCGUCGAGGGGUUAACCAAGCCAUUAAACAUCCUAGCAGGCUGCUAAAGAGAGACUGUGGAGCCAUUCUGGAGAGUAUGAAGCAAUUUUCAGAAGCCGCCCAACUAUAUGAAAAGGGGCAAUAUCAUGACAAGGCAGCAUCAGUAUAUAUCCGCUGUAAAAACUGGGCAAAGGUUGGUGAGCUUCUGCCUUGUGUAUCAUCUCCAAAGAUACACCUGCAGUAUGCCAAGGCAAAAGAAGCAGAUGGCAGAUACAAGGAAGCAGUUGUGGCUUAUGAGAAUGCCAAACAAUGGGACAAUGUAAUCCGGCUAUAUUUGGAUCAUCUUAACAAUGCUGAAAAAGCUGUUAGUAUUGUCAGGGAAACACAGUCUCUCGAUGGGGCCAAGAUGGUAGCCAGAUUCUUUCUGCAGUUGGGUGACUACGGUUCUGCCAUCCAGUUUCUGGUCAUGUCCAAGUGUAAUAAUGAAGCUUUCACACUGGCCCAACAGCACAAUAAGAUGGAGAUUUAUGCUGACAUCAUUGGUUCUGAGAAUACUACCAAUGAAGACUAUCAGAGUAUUGCACUAUACUUUGAAGGAGAAAAAAAACAUUUUCAGGCGGGCAAGUUCUUUUUGCUGUGCGGUCAGUAUGCCCGGGCACUAAAACACUUUCUGAAAAGUCAAAGCACAGAAGAUAAUAUGGCUAUAGAAAUGGCUAUUGAAACAGUGGGGCAGGCAAAAGAUGAAGCACUAACCAAUCAGCUGAUAGACUACCUUAUGGGGGAGAGUGAUGGUAUGCCCAAGGAUGCCAAGUAUCUGUUCCGCUUGUACAUGGCACUAAAGCAAUACAGAGAAGCUGCCCGAACUGCCAUAAUAAUUGCCAGAGAGGAGCAGUCUGCAGGAAACUACCGAAAUGCACAUGAUGUUCUUUUCAGUAUGUAUUCAGAACUCAAAACACAGAAAAUUAAAAUUCCUUCUGAGAUGGCUACAAAUCUUAUGAUUCUACACAGCUAUAUUUUAGUAAAGACUCAUGUUAAACGUGGAGACCACAUGAAGGGUGCACGCAUGCUUAUUCGUGUAGCCAACAACAUCAGCAAGUUCCCCUCACACAUUGUCCCAAUCCUGACGUCAACAGUGAUUGAGUGUCAUAGAGCAGGAUUGAAAAACUCAGCUUUCAGUUUUGCUGCUAUGUUGAUGAGACCUGAGUACCGCAAUAAAAUAGAUCUUAAAUACAAAAAGAAGAUUGAAGCAAUGGUCAGACGACCAGACACAUCUGAGGCAGAAGAGCCAACUACACCAUGCCCAUUCUGUGAAUUCCUGCUCCCAGAGUGUGAACUCCUCUGCCCUGGAUGUAAAAACAAUCUCCCAUAUUGCAUUGCAACUGGUCGGCAUAUGGUAAAUGAUGAUUGGACAGCCUGUCCAAAUUGUGACUUCCCUGCCCUGCACUCAGAGUUUAAAAAUAUGUUGCAGAGUGAAAAUAUAUGUCCAAUGUGUUCAGAAAGAGUUAGCAUUGUCCAUCUUAAGAAGAUGGCUGACUACACACCAUAUCUCAACCCAGAAAUGGAACAGUGAAUUUAUUCAAAAUGAUGGGAUCCUUCUGGAGUGUUGGGGCAUUAAGGAAGCUCCUUAUCAGUUUGGUGGAUAUUUUUUCCAAACAAUUUAAUACUGGAACAGUUGUCAGUUGUUCUCCAUUUUGGGAUACAAAAAUUAACAAAAUAUUUACAAAUGUACUUACUGAAAGCAGAAUAAAUCCAAUUUUACCCUUGCAUUUAAUUUUAAUUGAUAGUCGGUUCAGCUUCAGCAGCACAAAUGGGAAUAGUGCCAACUCUGUUUCAGCAGUCUCUGCUGCAUCUGUCUAUUUGUCACUUCAUUUGAGAGGGUAGUAACAAUAGAAUUCCCUCUGAGGUGACUGCUUCCAUGUGUUUUCAUUUAUAGGCAACUCAUUACUGGAGGGGUCGAUAGCUAGGAGAUGUGGAUAACUAAUACAAAUAGCUGAAGAAAGUAAACACCACAGAAAUUUAGCAAAAUAAAGAGGACAUCGCCCUGAUCUCAGAACCUUGGGGUAUACCCAUUUAAAGUUUUUCUGACUUGUUAGGAUAUUGUAAAGAUUUCCAUGUUGCCAUUAUAAUUUAAACACCAAUGUCUGUAUUGCUUCAAUUCCACAAGACUGCUUAGUUAGUUAAACUUGAGCUAGAAAUUCAAAGGGGGCGGGGGGAAAGAGAGAGAGAGAGAGAGAGACUUUGGGUAAAAGCAUAUUGGGCUAUCAGGCUUUGGGAUUUUUUCCUAUGCUUUGAAUUUUUAGUUCCUGAACAGUGCAGUAAGGGCAUUACAGAGCAGGAAUGGGCAAACUUUUUGGGCUGAGGGCCACAUCUGGGAAUAGAAAUUGUAUGGAGGGCCAUGAAUGCUCACAAAAUUGGGGUUGGGGAAGGGGAGAGGCUCGGCUGUAGGGUCUGAGUUAUGCUCAUCUCAAGCAGCUCCUGGAAGCAGUGGCAUGUCCCUUCUCUGGCUCCUAUGCAUGGAACACCCUUGGAGCAGGGCUACGCCAUGACAAUCCAAUGCCCCAGACCCCGCUCCCCAGCAGGAGCUUGUUGGCCGGCAAUCCAGCCUGCGGGCCAUAGUUUGCCCACCUCUGUGUAGAGCCUUAAACAUCUCCUCCUCAUUUUCAUAAUGAAUACAUGCAAUUUUAAUUCCAUAGCACAAAAGCAUCCAGAAGUGCUAAUUCUCACUGAGUAUUUUCCACUGCUGGCUUAAACGAGACAUUAGAGCUUUUCCAUGCCUCUCUACUUCAACAAAAUGAGGGGGAGGAUGGGAGUGGAAGGCAAAGCCCAAGGAAGAAAUUCUAAUACACACUGUAGCCCCAAAAGCUCAGGUCGAUUGUUAUUAAGGCCUGCUGCGGACAAAUAUGGUCUUCAACUUAUGGAAAGGGGGAGGGGAGGGGAGGGAGAGAACCUGAAUAAGCCAAAAUAUUUGUGAAACUAAUUUUAUUGCAAUUUUAUACAUUGCUGCAUUUUUAUAAUGUACAAAAGAAAUAUGCAAUUUAAAUUUUGGCAGUAUUUACAAGAUUUCACCACAUAAUAGCAGAGAUUUAGUAAAAAGGUUCAAAGUCCUGUGAAGAAAACUAUUAGUAUAAAUGGCAGGAAGCUAAACCCCUCUUUCAACAUGUUUCUGCUGAAACUACAGGUGACCUUCCAGCAGCAGACUAAAGUCUGCAGUUUGUUAACAUGCUGCAAAGCAUAAAAAAAAAAAGAUUGUAAACAUUUACAUUACCCCUGCAUAUUUGGAUUGCAAAGCAGCCACACUACCUCUAUAAGAGGAGCAUUUUCAGCCCACUGGUUCUACCCUUCCAGCUGCAAUAGAAUCACUGCUUCACCUUACUGAAAGUGGGUAUCUUUAGCAAGCAAAGCUGUGUCCAAAGCUAGAGUGGUUACCCAAUGUAAUCAGUCAGUACUGAACAGUUCAGUUUCUCAUUUCUUUCCUUUCCCUUUUCCUUUUUUUGUUUCUUCUCUGUUUGCUGCUUUUGACAGCUUGGAAGACGACUUUGCCUUUUUUUGCUGGAAAUAAAAUGUUAAAAUUUAAAAUGCAGGUUUAGUGUGCCAAGCUAAAUUGUGACAGAAAACAAUAAUCAGCAUGGCAACAUUCUCAAUAAAGAUAUCCUAAACAGA